UGUUGGCUCGUGUGUUGGUUUGGACAGCGUCCAGUGCAAAGAUGUCUCAGUAUUCUGGAAAAAUCAUUUUCUAUGAGGGAAAAUGUUUCACAGGGAGGAAAUUGGAGGUCUUCGGGGACUGCGAUAACUUUCAGGACAGGGGCUUCAUGAAUCGUGUCAAUUCCAUCCGAGUAGAAAGUGGAGCCUGGAUUUGUUUUGAUCACCCUGAUUUUAAAGGACAGCAGUACAUUCUAGAACGAGGGGAAUAUCCAGACUUCCACCGUUGGAAUGGACACAAUGAUCACAUGGGGUCCAGUCGACCUGUCAGAAUGCAUGGAGAACAUUAUAGGCUGGAGCUGUUUGAGGGCUGUAACUUCACAGGUCAGUGCUUGGAGUUCUGCGAGGACUGUCCAUUCCUCCAGGGACGGGGCUGGAACAAGAACUGUGUGAAUGCCAUCAAGGUCUAUGGUGAUGGAGCAUGGGUGCUGUAUGAAGAGCCCAACUACCGCGGACGUAUGUACAUUGUGGAGAGAGGUGAUUACCGUACAUUUAAUGAAUGGCAGGCCCAGAGUGCAAACAUCCAGUCCAUCAGACGGGUGGUAAACUACUUCUAAGUGCUGAAUUUUGACCUGAAUGAAAGGGACGCUCAGUAACAUUUACCUCUUCUAAGUGACAA